AUGUCGGUUCACUCAACGACUUAUGAUGAUCAUAUCAAGGAGAAAAAGCCUGCUCAGUAUGCAAUGACUGGACAGAUUAAUUCAAAAAGUGAUGUUUACAGCUUUGGUGUCAUCCUGCUGGAACUUUUAUCCGGCCGUAAACCUAUUGAUCAUACACUACCAAGAGGACAGCAGAGCCUUUUGACAUGGGUACUAACUUUAUCUGGUUCUGUUUUCCGCUGCUCAUAUGCUUCAAUUUUAUUGGUUGGUGGAUUUGCGAUCUUCACUAUAGCUGGUCAUUUGAACAAUUCUGUAUUGCAUAAGGCCACUCCGAAGCUGAGUGAAGAUAUGGUGAAGCAAUGUGUAGAUCCUAAAUUAGAUGGGAAAUUCCCUCUUAAAGCAGCUGCUAAGUUGGCUGCUGUUGUUGCCUUGCUUGUGCAAUACGAAGCUAAUUUUCGACCAAAUAUGAGCAUAGUGGUGAAAGCUCUACAGCCUCUUCUGAAAAAUCGAUCUGUUCCCACUCAGUGA